UGACAAUUGACAAGACAGUCAUGCAGCAAUUGAGGUUAGGGGAUACAAACAACAUUAACCUUCUGUUUAUAGUUUACAAAGCAAUCUUUAUAUUUAAAAGCUCCUUUUUUAAGAUAAAAUCCAUUAAAGAUGGUGAGAAACUAUACUCCAGAGCGUAGAUCACGCCGCUCCAGAUCGAGAAGCAAAGAACGUUCGUCUAAAACCAGUAGCAGGAAGAGGAGUAGGUCGCGAGACAGGGAUAGACGUCGAAGCAGAUCCAGAGAUAAAUCAGCGAGGGAUAGAAGUAGAUCCAGAGACCGAUCAACAAGGUACAGAAGCAGAUCCAGAGAUCGGUCGAGACGUGAUAGAAGUGGCUCCAGAGAUCGCGACAGAGAUAGGGAAAGGGACAGAAGGGAUAGAGAUAGACGGGGUGACAGUAAGGACAGAAAAAAGUCCAGGAAAAGAUCUAGGUCAAGAGACAAGUCAAAGUCACCAGAGAAAAAAGAUGUUUCUGCACUAUCUUUUGAUCCAGAAAACUUGGAUAAGGAGGAGGAGCAAAAGAAACUGGAGCUGGAAAUGCAAAGGAGGAGGGAGAGGAUUGAACGGUGGAGGGCUGAGAGGAAAAAGAAGGAACAAGAUGCAGUGAAGAAGGAGGCCAAAUCAGGGAGUUUGGCACAGAAUACCACUGUUCCCCAGGGUUCAAUAAAAAAAUGGUCCUUGGAAGAUGAAUCAGAAGAUGAGGAUAAAAUGGAUGACUCACAUGAGUUAAAAAAGGAGAAUAGUGAUGAGGAGAAAGGUGAAAACACUGCAGCUGAUAAAGGACCUAAAGAAGAAACCCAGCCAGAAAAAGAAGAAAAAUCUGAAGAAAUGGUGGAGGAUGAAAUUGAUCCUUUGGAUGCUUUUAUGCAGGAGGUGCAAGAUGAAGUUAGGAAAAUUAACAAGAUAACUGUGAAAAAAGGUGACAAAAAUGAUCUGCAUAAAAAAGGUUCAAUGGUUAUUGUCACUGGAGUCGCUAAGAAGAAAAGUGAUUCAAAUAAAGGUGAACUGAUUGAACAGAAUCAGGAUGGCUUAGAGUAUUCAUCUGAAGAAGAAGCAGAAGAUCUUAAAGAUACCGCUUUAAGUAUAGCAAACAAACAAAGAAAAGAUUUGGCCAAAAUUGACCAUAAUAAUAUUACUUAUCUAACUUUUAGGAAAUGUUUUUAUGUUGAGGUGCCAGAAAUUGCCAAAAUGACAAAUGAAGAAGUAGAAGCUUAUAAGGAAGAACUUGAAGGAAUUAGAGUAAAGGGUAAAGGAUGUCCAAAACCGAUUAAAACCUGGGCUCAAUGUGGUGUAUCGACAAAAGAAAUGAACGUAUUAAAGAAAAUGGGUUUCGAUAAACCGACCCCUAUUCAAGCGCAAGCCAUUCCUGCCAUAAUGUCUGGAAGAGAUUUGAUAGGAAUUGCUAAAACUGGCAGUGGUAAAACUCUGGCCUUUUUAUUGCCAAUGUUUAGACAUAUCUUAGACCAACCUCCGCUAGAAGAGACAGAUGGUCCUAUUGCCAUUAUAAUGACUCCUACCAGGGAAUUAUGCAUGCAAAUCGGAAAAGAUAUUCGGAAAUUUACGAAAAGUCUUGGGUUGUAUUCAGUUUGUGUCUACGGUGGCACCGGGAUAUCGGAACAAAUUGCCGAACUUAAAAGAGGUGCGGAAAUCAUAGUGUGUACCCCAGGCCGUAUGAUUGAUAUGUUGGCAGCCAAUAGUGGUAAAGUAACAAAUCUAAGGAGGGUCACUUAUAUUGUAUUAGAUGAAGCUGAUCGAAUGUUUGACAUGGGAUUUGAGCCACAGGUAAUGAGGAUAAUAGACAACGUGCGUCCUGAUAGGCAAACGGUUAUGUUUAGUGCAACCUUUCCUCGGCAAAUGGAAGCUUUGGCUAGGCGAAUUCUAUACAAGCCCAUUGAAGUUCAAGUUGGUGGCAGAUCGGUGGUUGCCCCAGAGGUAGAACAGCAUGUGGUGGUUAUAGAAGAGGAACAAAAAUUCUUAAAACUCUUAGAAUUAUUAGGAAUUUACCAAGAGCAAGGCAGCAUUAUUGUCUUUGUUGACAAACAAGAAAACGCCGAUAUUUUAUUGAAAGAAUUAAUGAAAGCCUCGUAUAAUUGUAUGAGUUUGCACGGUGGAAUCGAUCAGUUCGAUCGGGAUUCCACCAUUGUAGACUUCAAAUCGGGCAAAAUCAAACUGAUGGUGGCCACAUCGGUAGCUGCAAGAGGUUUGGACGUGAAACAACUGAUUUUGGUUGUGAAUUAUGACUGUCCCAACCAUUACGAAGACUACGUGCAUCGGUGUGGUCGUACAGGUAGGGCAGGCAACAAAGGAUUCGCCUACACCUUUAUAACCCCAGAACAAGCUCGAUACGCGGGCGAUAUAAUCAGAGCACACGAGUUGGCAAAUGUGCCAGUUCCGGACUCCCUAAAAGCCCUAUGGGACGAGUAUAAAACGAAACAGGAAUCGGAAGGGAAAAAGGUGCAUACGGGAGGCGGCUUUAGCGGGAAGGGGUUCAAGUUUGACGAAACGGAGGCGGCGGCCAUGAACGAACGGAAAAAGUUCCAAAAGGCUGCGCUGGGGCUGCAGGAUAGUGACGAUGAGGACCUGGAACAGGAUAUCGACCAGCAGAUCGAGAGUAUGUUUGCUACCAAGAGGAUUGUUAAGGAAAUUAAGGCGCCCUUAGGUUUUCCCACUGCUAAUCUUGCAGCUUCUGCUAAUAAUCCAGCCGCCUCUGCAGUGGAUAAACUGGAGUUAGCUAAGAAAUUAGCUUCCAAGAUAACAUUAACCAAGAGUACCUCCUUCGAUACCAAGUUCGCUACUCAACAGGCAGCAGAAUCUAUACUUAAAGGUAGUAGUUCUGCCCUUCCCAUAACCGCCAGAACGGUAGCGGAACAACUGGCUGCCAAACUAAACAACAAAUUAAAUUACCAACCGAAAGAUGACGAAGAUAAGAUGGACGAGGAUAGCGAGCAAACGUUUAGAAAAUACGAGGAAGAAUUGGAAAUUAACGAUUUUCCACAACAGGCCAGAUGGAGGGUCACUUCAAAGGAAGCUCUGGCUCAAAUAUCAGAAUAUUCUGAAGCCGGUAUCACCGUGAGAGGUACAUUCGUACCCCCAGGGAAAGCACCACCAGACGGCGAGAGGAAAUUAUACCUCGCCAUCGAAAGCACAUCCGAUAUGGCCGUAUCUAAAGCCAAGUCGGAAAUCACCCGGUUAAUUAAGGAGGAAUUGUUGAAAUUACAGACUGCCGGACAUCAUAUGAUUAAUAAAAAUAGAUAUAAGGUCGUUUAAGCCAUGUAUAUUAUCUAAUUUCGGUAAAUAUAACCAGAGGUUUUUAUACAAAAAAAAAAGUUGUUUUGAUAAUAUUAGUAACAUUCAUUUAAUUCCGAUUUCAAAAAACAAAAUGCAAUAAAUAACAAAACCGAAAAUAAGUUUUUAUCAGGGGUCAGUAAUUCUGGCCGCUAUAAGACGGAUGAAAUGUUCGGCACAGCGGCCACUCUGUCGGUUUUACGGUAGAGAGAUGAAAGUGGUGUCGGUGAUUUUCUCGUUGUUGGGGUUGUGCGCCCUCGUUUGGGCUGAGGACGAUGACACCCAAAAGCAUCAUUAUAAAGUUGCUGAUAAAGAGCUUUUGGAAAAACAACGAAAAAUCCUUUCGCUGUACAAACACAUAAACCAACCUAGUCACGAUCCAGAACACGAACAAUAUGUGAACACUUUUUCCAUGGAAGCACAUCGAGAGCAAUUUGUU